AUGGGCUAUUUUAUUUUGGACGUCUUCAUAAAAUAUAGUCUAGACUCUAGAAGCAGAGAAAGACGACGUCGCUUUACCUCCUGGGGGAAUUUCGGAAAGUCUGGGACUUUGUUUGAAUUUGAAGCCACUCUCUGCAGAAACAAGAUUUGUAAUUGUGACCGGUUCCCUUCAACGGAAGGUCAAGGCGGUGCGUUUCGAGCCCUGAAACUCACCUGGCUCGUUGAGUUUCAGUGCAAAACCCUAGAACGACUCAAAUCGCACGCAGAGAACUCACCACUCCAAAUUGCUGGGAGAUUGUGUGACAAUCUACUCACCUGUGUUGUACGAGCAUGGGACUACUACAGCAAGCCUUUCUUUGUUGCACCAGCCAUGAGCACCUUGAUGUGGAAGAAUCGCUUCACGGAGGGACAUAUCAUGUCAACUGGUGAACUUGGAGUGUCACUCACCCCUCCUGUCACAAGGAGGCUGGCUUGUGGGGAUUACGGGAAUGGAGCAAUUGCUGAACCCUCUUUGAUUUAUUAUACUGUAAGACUCUUUUUUUGAGUCACGAGUUCAACAAAGUGGCAGUAUUGUUUAGGAACCAGUAUAAUAGUAAAGAAAAGAUGCCACCAUCGUGAGAUCAGAUGACAGAAUUUGACAGACCCAAUGACAAAAUUUGGCUUGGUAUGCAUAACAUACUAGAAUUGUUUUUGCGGGUCAUUUGAUUUUGUGUUCUAGUAUGUGAACCAGGCUAAUUAUAUAUCUAGAAUUGUAAUAGUUGAUUUGUAUUCAGCUUUUCACAUAAGGAUUUGGCCCAUCAUUUGGUUCUACAUCUC